AUGUCAGUAAUUGGCGAGGAAUACAAGAACGUUGCCACGCAGGGCAUGGCCGCCUAUGCUGCGCCGUCACUCUUCCAACCUCACAAGGCGCGUCAGGCCAUUCGCGAUGCCCACCAGAAGAAGAUCCCCCCUCUGCUGUGCUACUAUGCUGGCCUCAGUUCCAUUCCCAUUACACGGUUCCUCGCACCCAUGGGAUACGAUGCUGUCUGGAUCGACUGGGAGCACACUUCUUGCAAUGUUGAGACCAUGACCUCGAUGGUCCACGAAGCUAUCUUCAUGAGCCAGGGGCGAACCAUUCCCUGGGUUCGCGUUCCUGGACACGACCACGCUGCUAUCGGCUACGCUCUUGACUGCGGUGCGAGCAUCGUUGUUCCUCAGGUUGAGACAGUCGAGCAGGCCAAGCAUGUCCUCUCGGCCGCCAAGUACGGCACCAAGCAGAACGGCACUCGCUCUGCCCCUCCCUUCCGCCUCAUCCCCUUCCUUACCGACACCCCUUACGACCCCACCUCCGACAUUCACAAGUGCGUCAACAACCAGGCAGCCGUUAUGAUCCAGAUCGAGUCAGCCGAGGGUGUACGCAACCUCGACGCCAUUCUCACCGAGUGCCCCGACAUUGACGUCGUCUGGUUCGGCCAACUAGACGCUCGCGUCAGCAUGAACCUUCCCGCCAACAUGGGCGGCCCUCAGGACGAGCCCGAGUGGGUCGAGAUCUCGAAGCUUUUCUUCGAGACCAUCGACAAGCACGACAAGCCUUACGCCGGCUUCGCUUUCGGCGCCCCGCCAUGGGGCAGCCCGGAGAAGGUCAAGGAGGCGGCCAAGAGAAUGAGUCUCAUUACCAUAUCCGCUGACGUUGUCCACCUGGGCAUGAUAGCGGCGGACCUGCAGCAGGCCAAGCAGGUCAUCGGAGCGGUGGGCCAGAACAACGGCUCUGAGGAGACGAACGGCAAGAAGGCGGAGAAUGGAGAGAACGGCGAGAACGGCAAGUAA